CGAGGGGCGGGUGCGCAAACAACCCCGCGCGCGUAUAAAUGAAGCGUCUUGCGCUCAAGAGGAACCACAGAAGAGCUCCGCUCACCUCGGGAAUACAUCCUCCGUCCUCCAAGGAAUACCAGCCCUGACGAUGCUGCACAUUGCCGUGUUCUCUACCGCAUGCCUCAUUCUUGUGGGCUGCAUCAAAGCGGCAUCCGCCGGUUCUGUGGUGCUCAACUCCAACGCUAUUAAGGUCGGUUCAGGUGCGGCGAGUCCCGGUCAAUCGGUCAGCCCGAGUCCGGAUGAGUCACCUGCGGACAGCGGCAGUCUGAACUUCGCCAUCGAUGCACCCCAGCAGCCUUUAAUCUGCGAGAGUGAUGAGGAAUGCGGUGGCGACGAGUUCUGCUUCCUGUCUCGCGGUGUCUGUCUCCAGUGCAAGAAGCGCAGGAAGCGCUGCAUCCGGGAUGCGAUGUGCUGCCCUGGCAACCACUGCAGCAACGGAGUUUGUCUUCCAAACGAUCCUGACAUGAUCCACCAGAUUGGAAUGGAAGAGUUUGUGUCCAUCUCCCAAGAAAACUCAACUGUUGUGGUGCCACCAACAGUUGCAACUGAAGGUUCACCACAAAACCAAAUGCUAAAAGGUCUGGAGGGAGAGACCUGCCUGAGAUCAUCAGACUGUGCUGAGGGACUCUGCUGCGCCCGUCACUUUUGGUCCAAAAUCUGCAAGCCUGUCCUAAAAGAAGGCCAGGUCUGCACAAAGCACAAGAGGAAAGGCACCCAUGGCUUGGAGAUAUUCCAGCGUUGCGAUUGUGCAGAAGGUCUGUCCUGCAGAACGCAAAGAGAUGGCAGCAAGUCAUCACGGAGUCUGCACACUUGCCAGAGACACUGAAUGAAUGUUCGAGGAAUUUUCUUUCACAAAGCUCCCAGAGAAGCGAGAAAAAA